CAGCAGAACCAAACUGAGCACUGUCACGUUACCGCAUAUCAUGGCCCUGGAAUCGACGUCCUUCACGCAACAGCGUCUCGAUUCUUUGAGCAACUUGGACACGAAAAUUGUGUCGCUUCUCUCGACGCUUUCGGACAUCCUUCUCACGGUCCACCAGGGGAAACAGAUCGACACCAGACAGGGUGUCACCUCAGACGCGCUCGUUACCACCCGCAAAGAGUUUACGACCCAGAUCCAGCACUUUUACGCGACAUUAUCAGACACAACCAUCGGCUUGAACAAGGAAAUCAAGCUCUUCAAUGAAAACAUUGGGAGCUGCAAGAACGGUGACAACAUGAUGCUCUUGCCUGUGAACAUUGAGAUCAAGAAUACCAAGUUGGGGAAGGUCAAGAUGAGAGAGGAGGUUUCCCGCUUGGACUCCGUGCUUGGAAAGACCUAUGACGAGGUUACAGAGGAGCCUGCGCCGAUUGAUGUGAAGGUAGAGGGACUGGAUUCUGUGAAAGAGGAGGUGUCAGUGCUUUCACAGAACGGUGUAGCUCCUGAAGUGAGCCCAGGGGCCGUCACAGAUGUUAAACCAGAACCAUUAGAAGCGAAAAUAAAAUCAGAGAUUGAAACCCCUGGGUUCGAGAGGGCGGAAGAACAAAUUGAUUCCGAGGCAGACUUGUUUGGAGAUGAUGACUCUGUGGAGACACCAAAGGGGGUUGAUCAGGUGGAUGAGCCUGCCAAUCUGGGAACUGUCAACCAGGAAUCUGUCAAUCAUGAAUCUGUCGACCAAGAAUCUGUCAACCAAGAAUCUGUCAACCAAGAAUCUGUCAUUCAGGAACCCGUAACGAUUGAUUCAGUCAUAUUUGACGGUGCCCUCACGCUAGAUGACGGCCUCACGUUAGAUGAUGCUCUCACUUUAGGUAGUGCUGCCACUCUAGAGGAACUGACUGAUCCUUUGAAAACAGAGGAAUCAAUUCUUCCCGUUCAAGCUUCCGAACUCCCUUCUGAUCCUCAAGUGGAGGAACUCACAGCCGAGCUGGCACUCGGUGACUUUCCGACUCCACAGCUCGAUUUCAACGAUGGCAUCAUGAGUAUAGACAUUGACGAAUUUGGCGGUGCUAGCGAUGAAGACGUGUCUAUGGUUGAUGUAGUGUGAUUUCCACAACCCUCCGACGGCUCUGGAUGUCUGGGUCAUGACUCGCAGGUAAAAGGUUCCAUUCUCAUCCACUAGGAUCUCAACCAGGCCCACCCACUGAGAAUUCGGAUAUGGGGCUCCUAAAUUGUCUUAUUUGUGGUUGCUUUCAACCAUAAUGAGUUGGGUCCAGUAAAACCAAUGCAAAAAGUGUCUCCAUCUUUUGAGACCUCUUGUAGUUUUCGGGUAAAAUAAGUGCCAU